AUGUAUGCUAAGGACCAACGACUUCGACUAGUGAAGCGCUCACGGACUGCAUCUCCUUUCUUAGGGGGUCAGGGGUACAGUCAUCUUGACAAAGCAACUCAUCCAUCUCAGCCCCUGAAUGGCCACAUCAACCGAGCCGGUUGGACCGGCAAAUGGCCGCCAUUCCCGUCGUUCCUGCAAACCCGCUUCUGGUUCCCGAGGCAAAAAGGAAAACGGCAGAAGAACUUUUGGAGGACACGUCGUUGCUUCCCCGGAUUUUCGACCCCGGAGCAUCCUAGCCAUGCAGGUCUCAUCACUCAUCACACCCGGCUGACUGCCACCACCGGGACAUGA